GUUUCCUAUAACUGUAAAAGUCUUCAGCCAUCAGCCAUCAGCCAUCAGCCAUCAGCCAUCAGCCAUCAUGUUUGCGGGGAAGUUCGUUCGUGGCUUGUCUGGCCCAAGCAAGGCCCUGAUACCCACUAGCCGGCGACACACUUCAACCAAGCCUCCUGUGCUGGCAUCAUUUUCCCUUGCAAAUAAGACUACCGUCAUAACUGGGGGCGCGCGGGGGUUAGGACUUGCUAUGAGCAAGUCUUUGGCUCUCAGCGGUAGCAAUGUCGCAAUUGUCGAUUUAAACAAAGACGAAGCCGCUGAACGAGCGCUGGAAAUUGCGGGCAGCUUUCGACAGGUCCAUCCACAACAAGUUGUUCCCAAGAUUACUGCACAUUAUGCAGAUGUUGCCGAAAAGGCAGAGGUGGAUGCGUCCAUUCAGGAUGUGCUACACCAACAUGGCGAAAUCACGAACCUCGUGACGUGCGCCGGAUAUUGCCAGAACGUAAACGCCAUUGACAUGACUCCCGGAGACAUCAAAAGGAUGCUGAGUGUCAAUCUCGAGGGCACAUUUUACUAUGCCACUGGUGUCGCUCGAUACCUUAUGGAACGAAAACAGCCGGGGACAAUGGUGUUCAUCGGUAGUAUCAGUGGCAGCAUCGUGAAUGUACCACAGCCACAGGCAAUGUACAAUUCCAGCAAAGCAGCCGUACGACACCUGGCAGCUAGCUUAGCUGUCGAAUGGGCAAGCAAUGGCAUUCGAGUGAACUGCUUAAGCCCGGGGUACAUGAUCACCGAGCAAGCCAUGAAAGCAAAGAUCCUUGCUGAGAAUCCAGGACUUAAAGCGGAAUGGGAAUCCAAAAUUCCCCAAGGCAAGAUGGGCCCACCGGAGGAAUUGAUGGGUACAGUGGCAUUCUUGUCCUCGGACGCUUCCAGUUACAUUACAGGCCAGGAGAUCAAAGUAGAUGGAGGGUACACGGUGUGCUGA